ACAAGCAAGAAGAGACGGUUUGUUGAAAAGGAGGACUCCAUUCCUAAUUUAAGGAUAUGUAAGGAAAUUUGUGAUACAAUUGCAGUGCAGAUCCCGAACACACCUUCAAUAAACCAACAUGGAGAUCGAAAUCCUUCUGAUAUCUUCAAUCGUUUUCAUUCCUUAUAUCUUUCUUCUUUUCUACUUAUGGUUAUUUAAGACUAUCGUCUCCAUUGGAAUAGCGCUGUACUUCAGAGGAAGAAUAGAACCACUAGAAAAUUCUGAUAUAUAUUGGGCGGUAGGCGAAAAGUACCACAACCUUAUCAACAUUGUAAUGUUUCUGAACGGAAAAGGUGCACAAACUGAUAUCGUGAAAGACACCAAAAAUGUGAUCCAAGAAAGAUUGUUCAAGCAUCCCGAGAAGUUCGGGAAGUUGAUGUGCUCUUUGAAUACAUUUUUAGGUUAUCCUUACCUUCUAAGAGAAGAAAUGACAGCAGACGAUAUUGUAACAGAGGUAGAUGCAGAACAAGCCAACUACAAAUCAAUGCAGGACUUGGUAUUCUCUUACAGUAACAAACCAAUGCCCCAAAAGGACAAACUCAUGUGGGAAGUGGUCAUAGUAAAAGCUUCUUCGGACUGGAAAAGAGUCAACGAUCUCAGAGAGGAUCAAAUUCCUAUGUUUAUACGGAUAAAUCACACGAUCGCAGAUGGAUUAUGCGUCAUGAACUUGUGCGCACAAGCUAUGGGCGAAAAUAACAUCACAUUCGAGGAUAGCUUGAAAAAUAUACCUAAAAGUCCAACUUGGACCAAGAUACCACCUCUCAGGCAUUUGCAAGAGUUGUUUUUGUUAUUCACUGUCCCAGGUUAG